UGUACUGCCCUGGCCUCAGCUUUGAAUUCUAACCCUUUCCACCUGAGAGAAGUUUAUCUGGAUAGAAAUAAACUUGGAGACAAAGGAAUUAAUCUGCUCUCUGAUGUGUUGAAGAAUCCAUGCUGUAAACUGGAGAUACUGAGUAUGAUCAGAUGUGGUGUGACAGAUAAAGGUUGUUCUGCUCUGGCAUCAGCUUUGACAUCAAACCCCUCACACUUGAGAGAACUGGAUUUAUCAGAGAAUAAGCUUCAAGACUCAGGAGUGAAGAAGCUCUCUGGUGGACUUGCAAAUCCUCACUGCAAGCUGAAAAUACUGAGACUGAUGCAUUGUGGCAUCACUCAAGAAGGUUGUGCAGCUCUGAGAUCAACCUGUUCACACUUCAUAGAUCUGGAUCUGUCUGGGAAUAAACUAGGAGAUUCGGGUGUGAAGCAGCUUUCGGCUGGACAUUUCUGUAAUAUUGAGAUACUAAAGCUGAUGAAUUGUGGUGUCACAGAUGAAGGUUGUGCUGCUCUGGCUUCAGUUAUGAAAUCAAAUUCAACAGACCUGAAAGAGCUUUAUCUUGAUAAGAAUGAGCUCAGAGAUUCAGGAGUGAAGGUACUCUCUGCUGCUCUGGAGCACCCUCACUGUAAACUGGAGACAUUAAAGCUGUGGGAUUGUGGUAUUACUGAUGAAGGUUGUGCUGCUCUGGCUGCAGCUUUGACAUCAAACCCCUCACAUUUGAGAAAUCUUUAUCUAUUUGGGAAUAAACUUGGGUACUCUGCAGUGAAGCUGCUCUCUGACCUAAGCGAUGAUCCACAAAACAAAUUAGAGAAUUUUGAUUUAUACUAGAUGCUGUCCUUUAAGAACUGAAGAGUUGCUGUGACUGUAACUUCUGCACACAUCUGAAUGUCUGAACACAACUGAAGCAUGAUAACCCACCUGCUCAUGCUUAGCGCAUCUGUCACUCAUCUUUGUUUUUCAGGGAUUUUUUUUCGUGAAUUAUCAUGCUACAAAAUAUUUUAUGAAUUGU